CUCCCGCGUGAUUGGCUGCAGGUCAACUCAUCGGCUUGCCGUGCAGCAUCCUCCGCGAGCCCCCCUCAUCCCGAAGCGAGCGGCAGCGGUGUUUAAAAAAAAAAAAAAUCCCUUCUCCGCCGUCAUCGUUUAUUUCUGUGAAGUGACCGUUCGCCUUCGGUGUGCGCGCUUUCUUUUUCUUGCCCUGGCGGCUCGUUUUGGACGAUGGCCGAGAGCGAGGCAGACACGCCGAGCACGCCGAUUGAGUUUGAGAGCAAAUACUUCGAGUUUGAUGGAGUGCGGCUGCCGCCCUUCUGCAGAGGGAAGAUGGAGGAGAUCUCCAAUUUCUCCCUCAGAAGUAGCGACAUUUGGAUUGUCACCUACCCAAAGUCAGGCACCAGUCUACUUCAGGAGGUUGUGUAUUUAGUGAGCCAGGGAGCAGACCCAGAUGAAAUCGGCCUUAUGAACAUUGAUGAACAGCUGCCUGUCUUAGAGUACCCCCAACCUGGCCUGGAUAUCAUACAGGAGCUGACAUCCCCUCGUCUGAUCAAAAGCCAUCUUCCCUAUCGAUUCCUCCCUGAGGCCAUGCACAACGGAGAGGCCAAGGUGAUCUACAUGGCUCGGAACCCUAAGGACCUGGUGGUGUCCUACUACCAGUUCCACCGCUCUCUCAGGACUAUGAGCUACCGGGGAACCUUCCAGGAGUUCUGUCGGCGCUUCAUGAAUGACAAGCUGGGAUAUGGUUCCUGGUUUGAACACGUUCAGGAAUUUUGGGAGCAUCGUAUGGACUCUAAUGUCCUCUUCUUAAAAUAUGAAGACAUGUACAAGGAUCUGGGGACGUUGGUGGAGCAGUUAGCCCGGUUCCUGGGGGUUUCCUGUGACAAGGCUCAGCUGGAGGGCAUGGUGGAGAGCUGCAACCAGCUCAUCGAGCAGUGCUGCAACUCAGAGGCGCUGUCGAUCUGUAGGGGUCGUGUCGGUCUGUGGAAGGACAUCUUCACAGUGUCAAUGAAUGAGAAGUUUGACGCGGUGUACAGACAGAAGAUGGGCAAGUCCGACCUGACCUUUGACUUCUGCCUGUAAAGAGCGUCUCACUCUGCCCUCCCCCCAUUCUGCCUCCCUCCUCUCACUGAUCUACUUCAGUACUGUUGAUAGGUGCACACCUCCUGCCAAAACCCACGCUCCAUUCUCCAUGCAGUCACUCAGUCUGAAGUCUGGGAUUAAACUACAAGACUUUUGCCAGAAUGCAAUUUGCCUCAAGUUAACGAGUCAUCAAGAAUCACACCCUUGUGGGCUGACCAAAAUGAAUCCAGAAUUAUCAGGAUAUUAUUGAAAGUUUUCAAUCAAUAGUUAAACCAAACUUCCAUCACCCCUACCUCCACUGUAUGUUCACACUGCUCUGUAUGUAUAUAUAUAUAUAUAUUGACCAGGGUUGGACUGAUGUAGGUUUUUGAAGGUUGAUACCAAUACAGUUGAGCUGAAGUACAGGUCAAUGAAUACACUCAAAAUCCUAUUAUAUUCCUACACUCAUAACAGGGAUUCAAGCUGAUGUGUGUGACUGAAAUACACUGUAAAUCACAUGUUAUUGUAGCUGGACAGGGUAAGAAACAGCCAGUUCAGCCAUUUGGUUUGUUUCUGUUACGGCUGUUCUUCUGCUGGGUGAAAUUGCUCUGGCCAUUAGGGUAUGCUAUGUUUUCUGAUCAUGUCUGAAAAUGAUUAUAUUCUAUAUUCUAAAUGGCGACAUUCAAAAAGUCUGCUGGCCAUUGAGUUGAGACGUCGAUAACUGUUCAAAUGGAGAUAACGGCACAUCUCUCCUCUCAGGUGUUCAUGGUGCUGUACUCGUUUGUGCAGAUGAAAAGUGACAGAGGUAGCUGUGUGAAGAAUAAAAAAGAGAGAGCUAUAGAUAUGUCUCUGUUUGUCUAGUACUGCCUAGUUUCCCACUUUCAUACACCUACUAAUCACUCUGUGAAGUGAGCAUGAAGUUACACUCCAGCAUCAGAAAGUGUUGGGUGAGAGAGUUUCAGAUGCUGUUUGACAAUCCAACAAGCACUUCAUUUGAAGCAUACCAACACCUUAAGGUUUCUCUUGUUUUGGGAGAACCUAUCAGAGGUUAUUUCUUCUGACAACAUAGUUGCCAGAGCUACAGGGACGCACAAAUCACUUCACCCUAAGGUGGUGAUUCUCUUAGGGUGUCAUGAGAUGUCCAGGCUGGCCCUCAGGAACAGUGUGAGAACUUUGGACAUCCAUAAGCAACUUUUUUAUUGUACCUUUGCACUGAUAGUUGAGGUGGUUCAGACAUAUGUCUAUAAUGGCCUUUGGGUGACUCUCUGUGAAGGUACAGCUAACUGGGAGGAGACCCAGGAUGUCAUGGAGGGUUUACAUAUCCUGUUCGGCCUGUUCCUCUUCAGGAAGUGCUUGAGGAGGUAGCCAGGGAGAGGUGUAUAUGGGCUAAUUUGUUAGUCUGCUGCUUACAUGGUAACAUACUGUAUGUGUCUGAGGAGUGAAGAAAAACUUUUUUGUGUUCUUUUGGGCAGUGGCUACAGGUGGUUUUGCUCUGAGUUGAGUGGAAAAGGUGCUUGGGCCAUCUGGAGAACUUUUGGCCUACUCACUCUGACCAGAAGGACACUGACUGUUCAAGUUCACCCUCCAGUUACCAAAAAAAGUUUGGUUUCGUUAUUAUUAUUAUUAUUAUUAUUAUUAUUAUUAUUAUUAUUGCUAUCUAAGGGCAGUGGAAUGGGCAAUAAUUUAGAUUUUUAUCACAUCUUUAAGUUGAUGUGACUAAUGUGUGAAAACAGUCGCCUGUUUCCACAUGAAGUAGAAAUGGUCACGUAAUGAAUAUAAGCCCAGAAUCAACCCUUUCAGGUGUGUUCUGCUCUCCAUUAAAUUCUUAUGUAAAAUAUCUGCCACUUUAGCUGCUGAAUGCUCCCCUGUGUUCAGCUGUUUGUUACUGAGCUGUUGUGUGCAGCUGGUCAGCCAUAGCUUUUUUUUUACUGAAAACAGCAUCCUGCUGCUGCUAGAGAUACUGUAAGAUUGCACCCAUCCACAGUAACAGUACAGUUGCAAGCCGGAAAACCAAAACAAAUGAGCUAAAGGAUGCUUAACAGCUCUGUUGAACUGAAGAGUGGGGUGGUAAUUCUCUGCAGGUUAGUCACUAUGGCACAUAUAGUCGUGUGAUCCAUUGUUGAUGUAAAAAUAUUUAUUAGUGCAGCUUUAAACUUAACUUUACAGUUCAUUUGAAGUUGCUUAGUGAUUCCUCACUGCUUAAAACAAGCUGUUUUACAUACCAUGCCAUGUGAGUCUGACUUCAGUAGUAAGAAAUAUAUUUUUAAAUUCUAAAUGUCAUGUAGUCUGUCAUUGCUUUGACGUGUGGUUCACAGUGCAUAUCAGCCACAAUUAUCCACAUUUACCCUGCAUAAUUUACUCUGAUGUUUGAGCUUGUCAGCUGGAUAAUGAUACAUGUACACCAUCAUGGGACACGGAAACUCCCUAUGGGAGCCCAGACUAAUGAAUAAAGAGUUUUAGGGUUUGUAACUCUGUAGCUCAGACCACACACGACUAUUUCUCAGAGGAAACUGGAAUAAAUUAUUGCCUGUAAGUUUGGGAUGUGCAGUAUAUGCUGGCUGAGAGCAUGAUUGAGCAGUUACAAAUAGAAAACAAAAUGGUGAAAGCAAAUCGCAGGUUUUACAGACAACACCAAUGUCAGCCUUUUAUCUGUCGAGUCAAUAUAUUGGCUAUAUAGUGGCUCCAAGCCAGGCAGGCCUGCAGAGAGGAAGCUUAUCACGCCUACAUCAACCCAGAAGCUC